UUGUCAAAUUUGUGCUAAAAGUCAAAACAAAAUUCGAAAGUUCCAAGGUAAAACAUUUAAUCAUUUUUGGCUACUAGAGCAACUGCUGCUUGAGCAUGAUGAACAGAUCAAUGGCAAUGCUAGAGCGACGCUGGCCUGCACAAAGACAGGAGCCAGCAGUCUCAAUACCAACCAGAACCACGACGCUGCGACGUCAGCUUUGUGUUAAUAUUGAGGCUAAUGGCUCCAGUCCGAGUCUGAGACACCGUCGGCGAAGGAGAAGGGAAUUGCAAAUGCCUUACCAAUACCCAUAUUCACCGAUGUCGAUGCCCGUGGACUAUAAGCAGCUGCAGCAACUGCCCCAGACAAAAGAACACCUGCACUACGGCUAUCCAGAUCCAGGGGAUGCCUUUUUCCCUUUGGACUAUCCCAUACAUCGCAUUAAAUCCGGCCAGGACUAUGCUAUGUAUGCACCCUCCCUAGAGCGAAAUAAUCUCGCUCGCAGCCUCUACACAAAUGCCAAUAGUUCGGGAUCCAUAGACGAGCUGAAGGGCAUUGCGGGCACACUGGAGUGCAGUCUGCACAAUUUUCUAACAAACGAAAUGAUGGUCCACUCAACAGAAACAAAUGAAUCGGAGGAGCCAGUCCGUGAUUUCACUUCGUCCUCCCAAGAGGAGUCCACGAGAAGCAGAAAUUAUGUGUCACUAGGUCCGCAAGAGUCCAAGAUGCAUCUACUGACGAACCUGAUGUGCGACACCAUCUAUAGGUUGAACAGCUUCAUCUCCAGUCAGACACAGAUUGGGGAGCCACAGCCAACAUAUAACUUUGGCUUGGGCUGGGAAGGAUUGAAAAGUCAGAGCCAUCUGUUGCAUCCCAGCAUGAUGAUGCCAGCGAAAAUCAGUCGACGUAGUCUACCACCAGUUCACACUGCUGAAGCCAGCACUCAGACGAGAUUUAGCGUGGUGCGAAUGCCCUGGCUACGUGAGAGAAGGCGGAAGCGGGUGUUGCGACCCACCUACAUACACCUGCAGAAUCAAGGCAGCAGCACUGAAGAUUUGAAUUUAUGGCCAAGGAUAUUAGAGGCCAUAGCCUCUAACAACAGCAGAGAGAAUCAUCUCCAAACGCAACAGUUUGAGCAGCAAUCAAGCGGGAAUUUCAUGAGGGACAGUGGCACCACCAUGUGGUGUCCCAUGGACUGUUGUCGCGGUUACUGUGAGUAUGCUCAGCUGGGCAAAAGAUGUGAUAGCCCAACAUGUCAUAAGAGGAAUGAGGAGGAUGCUACUCUGCCGCUGCAGCCGCCGCCUCUACCCACAGCGGCACCGCCAACAUUUCUGACACAGGACGAGGACGAAUACGAGGUGGCCAGUAAAUCCAUUUACAUAGCAAAUGCCGACUCUCAGUCCACUAUUGGCAGCAGCAUCUUGACUACAAGCUGCACAUCUGAGAGCCGCAGUGAGGGUGGAGUGCAGAACACUCACUUGUCAUACUCCUACAUCGAGGAGGAGGAGGAAGAGAAGCAUCCGAAGCGAGCUGGCAGCUUGGAUGACUGGUAUAAGAGUGCCAGCAAGAGUCUGGCAGAACUGGAGGAGGAACAGGAGUGCUACAAGGCCAUGGAGAAUCCACGAAAAUCCUUAAGUACCCGGAACAAACGACUUCAAACCGAACCCGCCACAAGCUCAGCCUCCAGUGGCGUGUGCAUCAGAGCCACCGCGGAUAUGGCCGUCAGCACCAGCGAUCUGAAUGCCUGCAGACUCCGGGAACCCGUCAAGUCUGCCCUGAAGCCGCGACGUGUAAAAAGCGGCCAAGAUUUUAUGGAUUCCGCUCCAGGAAGACUUGGGCGACUCACAAAAGUACAAUUCGAAAAGAAAGUGCCACACAAAUUGGAGAACAUAAUUGGUCAAACCAACACGAGAGCAGAGCCGACACCGAAGACGAGAAUCCUAAAGGAAAUCCCAACCAAUAGCGUGGCAGCAACACUGCAUCCGAUACAAAAUCCUGCAGUCAAGAGAAAGUACUUACAGGAAACGCCAACCAAGAAAAAGCGUGCCCCAAAAAAGUUUGACUGCUCUCCGCUGAUAAGUCCAACACCGUCCGGUGUACGCAAAUCUCCGCCUUAUCCCUCGGAAUGGUGGUUGGGCUAGAGCUCUCCAUCUAAGCAAUC